CACUGUCGUCCCUUGACUCCGGCUGCUUCAUCACGGUGGUUUUCACAACUAGCGGCUCCAAAAACCAGAAUCCAGACAGGAUUGUGAAAAGCAGACACCUCCGAGGGGCACGGAGACAUUUCUGCCUUUAGUCCACCUUCAGCACCCGAACCCACGGCACAUUCCCACCCAGAACACCGUGGGAGAGAGGGACCUGUCCAUGGCCCUCUCCCGGUACCGGGCAGCUUCAGCAUCCUUCCUCACAUCCUCCAAACUGACGGGAUGACGGAGGGAACGGGGCCUCCUCAUGUCCCACAGCGAGGAGGCGUUCGAGGGCUGCAGGAAUUCCUUCAACCACAGUGACGAAGCUUGGAGGGUCGGAGUGACAACCUUUCCAUCCAGGAUCUGGUGGGGACAUGCACUCAGAGUGGAUGAAUGAAACUGAGAGGGACAGUAGAUUCUUCCUCCACAUCCAAUGAGAUGAAUGACUGGGUUCUGAACAAAUGGGAUAUUCAGCUUAAUGAAGUUUAAAGACAAAUCCCUUUUUCUACCGACAGCUAACCUGAGUGGAACUUAAAGAGAGAUGUUACCACAGCUGGAGUUUUGUGGAGGAAAUCUGUUGUUUGGAUAUUAAAUCACUGAUACAACCUGCAGAUGCUCUGAUCUUCUGACACCAUGAUGGUGGGAUUCACCAUCACCUCAUGACCUUUAGGUUCCCCUGAGGACAGCACCAGAGCAUCUGGAACGCUUUGGUCCACCAGCACCAUGGACUACCACAGUGAGUGCUGCUUUUGUGAUGCCGAGGAUGCUCACGGCUGCCCGGAUGAGCUACCUCUCCACAGCAUCCAUGCUCCUAACCGGAUUCGCCCGUCCUCGUAUCGAGCCCUGAGGAGCGCUGUGUCCAGCCUGGCCCGCAUCGACGACUUCUUCUGUGAGAAGAUUGGUUCAGGCUUCUUUUCUGAGGUGUUCAAGGUGCAGCAUCGGAUCACAGGGCAGGUGAUGGCGCUGAAGAUGAACACGCUGGCCAGCAACAAAGCUAACAUGCUACGAGAAGUGCAGCUCAUGAACAGGCUUUGUCACCCCAACAUACUCCGGUUUCUUGGAGUUUGUGUGCAUGAAGGUCAGCUCCAUGCUUUGACAGAGUACAUAAAUGGAGGUAACCUGGAGCAGCUGUUGGACAGUGACCUGUAUCUGUCCUGGGAUGUCAGGACUGGUCUUUCUCUGGAUAUAUCCCGUGGACUCCAGUAUCUGCACAGCAAGGGUAUAUUCCACAGAGACCUCACCUCCAAGAACUGUCUCGUUCGCUGUGACAACGGCACGUUCACUGCUGUGGUGGGAGACUUUGGCCUGGCAGAGAAGAUCCCCGACUACAGCGACGGUGUGGAGAAGCAGCCUCUGGCCAUCGUGGGUUCUCCCUACUGGAUGGCACCGGAGGUUCUGAGGGGAGAGCUGUAUGAUGAGAAGGUGGAUGUGUUUGCGUAUGGCAUCAUCCUGUGUGAGAUCAUCGCCCGGAUUGAAGCUGAUCCUGACUUCUUACCCAGGACAGAGGACUUUGGUCUGGACGUGGAUGCAUUUGAGAACAUGGUUGGAGAUUGUCCUCCUGCGUUCUUCAGUCUCGCUGUGACCUGCUGUAAUAUGAGUGCAGAGAGCCGUCCCUCGUUUUCUGACAUCGUCCUCACACUGGAAGGCAUGGAGAGAGAAGACGAAAGAGAGAAGCUCAUUGCACUUGAUCCAGUGGUGGUGGACGUCAGCCCAUACCGCCGCCGCAGCUCUCCCUGUCGCCCCGGAGACCGCAGUCAGCUGAGGCAAGGCCUGGCCAGGAGCCAAUCAGACAUGCUGCCUCCCACCAUCCUGACUCCUCCUCUCCUCGGGACCCCUGCUCGGGUCAACCCCUUCUCCCUGAGACGGGACCUGAAUGGGGGGCGCUGUAAACUCUUGGACACGCCCAGCAAGUCCGUCAUCUCCCUGACCUUCACCCUCCCGGCUCUUCGCGACCCAUGCGCCUCCUCCCACAUCCUCAGAGGGACGCCACCAAGGAGGUGUCAGUCGCUCCCGUGCACACCAGAGAUCAGCCGGACCGUGGCACUGCCAAGAGACAUGGGGGGAAAGGACGAAGAUGCCCGAGGGACUGGGGAGGAUGAUGUAAGGAGGAAGUCAGAGGGAGUGGAGGACAGGUUGCAGGUCGAACAUUUGAGCAAAACUGAGAGGAGAGAGUUGUCCCAGAAGGAGGAGGAGAUGGUGGAGGAUUUAGGUCUCGCUGUUGAGCUGGAGAUGGUGUCUCUGGAGCGGUUGGAGGAGGAGGAGGAGGUUUGUCUAAUAGAACCCAUGGACUGUACCAAGUCUCCAGAACCAGCAGAAAAAGUCCUGAACUUGUCACCUGGAAGACCGCUGCUUACCUCAACCUCCUCCUCACAGAGCAACGGCUGGAGGCUUCCAAUCUCCAACGAACCGUCCUCCGCUCCUCCUCAGCCUCGUUUGGACAACAACAAUGGUUCGGGCAUUGUGAUUGGUCAGCAGGUGCAGUGGGGUGGAGGAAGGCACGCGAAUGGUUUUAGUGAAGUCCAGGCUUUGUCUUCUGACCACAGUGCCCCCUCUGAACAGGAUGAGGUAAUUUCCUGUCCAGGCUGUUGCCUGGUGGGUCUGAGUUUCCCCUCGGUGUGCCUCCGUGGUUCAGCUUCCAUGCCCGCCUCCCACCGAAGGGCUUCGUUGCUACGGCAGCGGUCCUACCGGAACCUCAACGGUACCAUAACUGGUAGCAGCGCCGCCUCAUCAGCUGCCUCAACGGCCAAGUCUCUGCUGGGUCACAACACAAAUGGACGAGUAGCUGGACCCUCAGUGUCCUGUGAACCCGGACGAUCCCUACCAGAGGCCCAGUCCUGAGGCUGAACUGUAGACAAGCACCAGCACUAACUGUACGGGGACAGAAACACUACUAAAACUCCAGAUCUGUGCAGGGUUCACUCUAUGCAGUCACAGCGAACUGUAGGGCCAUAUGUAGGUACUGUUCCACAUGGUGGGCCGGGGGUUAACCCAACUAAUGGGACCAUGAAGAACAUGGUGGCUGAGGUAGAACAGCAUUUCCACUGGAACUGUGAUGAUCCAAACCUCUGCUACAACAUGUUCUAGUGGCUGUUGGUGAAGAACAGUGUGUGGCUGACAAGAAUCCUUCAGGUUUAUUACAACUUGGGUCUUACUUAAGUAAGAGGCCACUUAAGGCCACGAUUUCUAUCAGUCAGGAUCACAUUUCACUCACAGUUAAUGAGUGACAUCAGUAAAAACAUUAUUGAUGUGAAGAAGGUUGCUCAAAGCUGAUCUAAGAGGAAAACGACUGCACAGUUUAGUAAUAACGGUUUAGGAGCAGGCUUCCCGUUCCAGGUUUGAUCUGCUGUACCUGUAAACAUAAUGUUACUGCAACAGAUGUACAGAUGUUUGUAAAAACAUAAUGACUUUUGAAGCACUUUUUGUUGGGUGAGUGAUGUUUGGGGAAAACUUUACUUUUGUAAAUCAUUUUAACUCCAGAGGAGCAAGUGUGAAAAACUCAAAAAAAUCUUCAUUUUUUUGUGUUCUAAUCCACUAUUUAAUGGAAACACUGCUGUGUGCACUGUAAAGAACAGGUUUUAUAAGGAAGAGAAGCUGACAGAUGUGGUGUGAAUGGGUUUACCGUGUUUUAUUUAUCUGAUUGGAAGUAGUGGCAGUGGGGAUAUUUAUAAAACCAAUAAAGAUGACUGACUUCCUACGUUUUUAUAGCAGUUAAACGGAGUGAGUGUGUGACAGAGACUAAUACCUGCUGCACUCCGGGACUUAAUGGACAAAACAUUUCAUGGGCUCUUGGUGUAUAUUCUUUAUUUUUACACUUGAACUCAGAGCACUUUUGCAAUAAGACAACAGGCUUCUUCUAGACGGUGCUUCGUGUGAAUCUUGUGUUUUCUAAGUGUGUGUGUGCCUGUCGCUCAACAAACUGCUUCCCUGUUACUCUUUCACAUCAUGAAACGUGUGUGUGUGUGUGUGUGUGUGUGUGUGUGUGUGUGUGUGUGUGUGUGUGUGUGUGUGUGUGUGUGUGUGUGUGUGUGUGUGUGUGUGUGUGUGUGUGUGUGUGUGUGUGUGUGUGUGUGUGUGUGUGUGUGUGUGUGUGUGUGUGUGCGCGUGUUGAUUCCACUGUUGUAUUGAUAAAGUGGUGUAUGAGGCUCGUCUGCUGUUUAUUGUACAGAUCAUUCCACACACUGAAAGGUGCAGAGAUGGAAAAGAGAACUUUUAUCCCGUUGUUUCUGAUGAUUUCCAUGUUCUGUUCAGCUAGAAUCCUGUAUGCAGUCAUCUGUUAAUAAACAAAAAUGGCUGUCUGUCG